UCCCCUUUAAUCGCGGUUGUUUCAGCUCUUUCUGCUGCUCCCCCCCCCCCCACCCCCUUCAUUCAGUCCUUAAUCAAAGCUCUGCAUUCAAUACAUCAAUGAGUUCCUUUGGCUGUCACUGCUUGGAACCCAAAGAAAUCACCCUUAACAAACCAAGUACUAAUUGAUUAAUAAUAGCAGUGCCACUCUCGGUCUGGCUGUGAAUAAAGCUGCGGUGUCAUUAUUAUACAUAUUACAUUAUGGGAUAUAUACAUAUUACAUUAUGGGAUAUAUACAUAUUACAUUAUGGGAUAUAUACAUAUUACAUUAUGGGAUAUAUACAUAUUACAUUAUGGGAUCUCCUUCUGGAUGGGAACUCGGUGAUAGCAGCCAUUGUAAAACGUCUUGGCCACGGAGCUAAUGAUUAACUCUGCAGCUCAUAAAACGUUGUGAGAGCACAACACACUGCAAAGCAACUGUCAGUCGAGCAUGAAUACAACAGGGAUAAAGGGACACCUAAAAGGAGACGGAAGCAGAGAUCCUAUGGAUAAGGGGAGACAAGCUGCAGUGAGGUUUAUCUCCAUGGAGGAAUCCACACUGAGCAGUGAGAAGAAAUGGGGAGAUUGUGGAGUACAUCAGGCUGAGGUCCGUCCUGCUCCCACUGCAGGGUUCACUGAGGGGCAAUGCAAAGACAUGGAGAGCUCUGCAGGCACUGAGCUGCUCAGUCCUGCUGCCUUGAAAACAGCGUUUUCACAAGGUUUGAACUCAGCAUCUCUUGCUAUGGGAACAAAUCCAAGCUCUCCCGAGGUAUGUAGCUCUAAAAGCAACGAGCAGCCUUCACCCUCAUCAUCUCUUGCAGACAUGGACUGCCUGGUCUGCUUUAAUAAGUACAAUAUUUACCGGCUCCCGAAGCUGCUGGGCUGUCAGCAUGCGUUCUGUGCAGUCUGCCUCAAGCUUAUCCUUAGGAAAGAAGAGAACGCCUGGAUCAUCACCUGCCCCCUGUGCAGAAAAAACACAUCUGUGUCAGGAGGACUUAUCCGCACGCUGCCAAAUAAAGAAGAGAUCAUGGAGCUCUUGGAACACCCUGAUUCAUGUAUUGAGGUACAUGGCUCUGGUAUAGGGCUGGAUAGCAGCAGCUGGGCUCAGAGCAGCCAGGACAUAUUAAACAGAGAACAAACUGUCCCAGCAGACAACAGACUGGCUGUGCAGAGACUUGUGCUGCUCCUGCUGCUUUUGGUGAUCCUCACCAUCCUCAUCCUCCCGUUUAUAUACUCCGGGAUGAUUAAAUGGGUCAUUUGUAUCAUGCUGACUUUGGGCUUGCUCAUGUCUAUGGUGCUUUGCUGCACUCCUAAGUUUUAUUGGAGCUGCAAUGGAAGCUCGCUCAGGUCGUGCCAUAAGGAGACCCACAUUGCUGCUAUUGCCUGAAACGAGGUGAGAUGCCUGGAGAUAAUGACUGGUUCCCCUUGCACGGCUCAAUGGCAGAAGCACGAGUCAGUUACUGGACUUUGAGAGCAAACACAUCAUAAAUUCAAUGUGUCUGACAUAGCCCUAAAGGCUGAACGGCUCUGCAGAGUGCUGCUUUAAUUUUAUUACUGAAAACAUAGAAAAUACAUUGAUAUGCUGACAUUCCUAAGAGAGAACUGUAAGCCUUUUAUCCCAGAUUCAUAAUGACUUUGUUUUGCUUUGGUCUUCUUGUUGGUGUCAUCUCUGCAUUACUGCUAUAGAAUAUUAUCUGGAACAUCUGACACUGAAAAUCUGCCCCCAGUGCUGUUUUCCUGCUCUCUUAACAUACCCACACCUUUCCUUGUGAUAAUUAGCCUGAUCAUCUGGGACUGGACAACUAGCCUCAAUGGAAGGGGGCAAUUUGAACCCAGUUUAUCACCUUCAUCUGUCUCAUGGAGCAAAAGGUUGUUGUCAGGGGUGGGAGAAGGCAGAGGUUGGUUGUUGAAUGCAAAAGAAGAGGUAAAAUCAACACUUGUAAUCUUGAGUCCACAACUUACACAGGGCGAGGCUCUGAGAAGCUCACGAUAUUCCAGGCUCCCUGUGUUAUUUAGCACUGAAAUGGCUCCUCUCAGCUGCAAUCCUCUAUCUGGCUUCCUUCUCUAUCCACCUCUCCUUCUGCUCUCUUUCCAUUUGGUGUGACGUUGCCCAUGGAGAUGUCCACAAUUCUCCUUGUAGAGAUAAAAAUCAAUUGUCAUGCUACGCCAAACCUGAUCUUUAUUUUAACAUAUGGAAUAUGUCCAUUAAAGCUUCAUCAUGCUACUUGGACUUCUGUGUUUCAGUUCUGUGUGCCAAUUAACAUUUGACAGCUCCCUCAUUGACAGGAACUACAGCUGAGAAAGCAUUGCAAGUUACUGUCGAGCCCUCUCCACCAGCAGCAGUGGAUGGCUGGCACUAUAAAUGUCUGUAAUGAAUGCUAACGUGAGCCUCAAUGUGAUGUGCAUGAAUACAAAGGAAUAAGCUAGAAGGGUUAAAGGAAAAGCGUGCACCAAUUGCGCAGAACACUGAUCUGAUUCAAUUGAGAAGAUAGCAAGGGGUAGAACACGCUGUCCUGAAGAUAAGAUGACAAAGAUGACAUGGGCUGCAGCCAAAACAUACCCCAAUUAAAACCUAAAGGGCAGUUUGGCCCAAGAGAAGAUACUUGGGAAGAGACCAAGUGAGACUGGCACCAAACAACACCCACAUUAGAAAGGUGUACAGGUCACACCCAGGAUCCAUUUGUUAUCUCCAGUCAAGAGAUACUGAUCCUGCAUUGAUGCUCAUAGCACACAGUAGUGCUAGAAAGGAAUGUUUUCCCUCAAAAUGGUCAUCCUGCAGCUCUG